AUGUACGGUUUGUACAGAGCGUGGUUCGGCGGCGGUAUCACCGGCACCAGCUACCCUUGUCUCCAAGACACGUUUUCGCCGCCCGAUACGGUCGUGCGAGUCGGUAAUGAGGGUGAGCACCAGUUCGUCGCGCACAAAGGCGUGCUCGCAGCCCACAGCGGAUAUCUCAAAGCUCUGCUGGCGAGCGCGGCGACGACGACGUCAUCGUCGUCGACGAGCUCGCCCUUUGAUCCCUCGGCAACCGUUGCCGACACGUCGACCAACGGACAAUCACAGCGACCAGUCACCUCUGUGUCGGUCUCGUCCAUUGGUGGAGAGGCGUUCGCCCCGCUGCUCAACUACAUGUACACCGGCCGGUUGGAAGUGACGCUGGACAACGUUUACAGCGUGUUAUUGGCGACGCAUCUGUUGCACAUGCCGGGCGCCUUGGAGCAAUGCAGGGCCGCAUUGCUGAGGCUGCGGGCGCCGCCGCCGCCGCCGCCUCCGCCGUUACCGACGUCCGCGUCAUCGUCGACGACGACCGCCGGCUCGCCGCCGAUCGGGGGGACCAGCAUACUGCGGCCCAUACCAAACCGGCUGGUGGUGGGUCCGCCUCUCUGCUGGCCCCCGACGACCCCGCUUGCAUACUCGCCGGCAUCGGCAGCUAUGUCGCAUCAUUUGCCGCCAUCGAUGCAGCCGUUAAUGCGACCGACGACCGUGACGUCCAGCGUCAUCGCUCCCAGAGAGAAGCAGGAGCAAUGCGCGCAUUAUAGCACCGGCGAGAUGCCGAAAUCACCGCCGUCGUCGCCAACUUUGCAUAAACAUAAACGCCCGAGGCCGAGCUCCAGCAGAUCGAGAACACCGGAGAUCGUGUCUACUGUAUCAACUCUGCCGUUCGUGGCAGCGGCCGCGGCCGCGUUCACCGCGUUCACCGUGACGAACAGCACAGCGAAUUCCACGACAAGAACGUCAUCGCCGUCGCGCUCAAUCUCGCCGGCGCCGACGUCUGUGUCGCGAACCCACUCGCCUGCGCAUCACCGCGACGACGACAAUUCGACGACGGAUCGCGACGAGGCUCAACGAGAAGCCGAGAUUUCUGUCAGAUCUCAAAACGCCGAUCAGCAACGCCGAUCAGACUCGUCCCAAGAUGGAACAUUAAAUCGUAAUCGAAUCAAUAAUAGCAACCACGGAAACGCCGCGAUAUCAUCGGAACGAGACGAUCGAGGGCGUUCGUCUCGUCGCCGAGCACGAACCUCGACCGCGAGAGAGACCGCUUCCUCGUCGAGUACCGUCUUCUCCGUGAUAUACGACAUCGCGUGCUGCGACGGACCGGUGCGCUUUCAUCGAGUCUUGAACGAGAACUAUUCAUUGGCAACGUCAUCGCAAGGCGCGCAGACACGUCCGCAGAGGAACUGUCAAUUGACGGCGGAAAGCGAGGAUGUGUCGAGCGAAAACGACGAGAACGGUGGACUGGCGAGCGAACAGACCGGCGACGGCCUCGCGCGCAGUCCCAACAACGACUCGAGCAACGAUGCCAACAAUGCCAAUAACGGCGGUUGUUAUACUUGUGGCUACUGCAAACACACGUUCAAGUCGCAAUAUUGCUACAGGAAGCACGCGAAACGGCACUUGUUACCACCGACGAGGAUUAUCGAGGCGACCAGUGACAGCGGCGACAGCGGCUCAAGACAGGAAGCCGCAGCUGCUGCCGCAGCCGCUGCUGCAGCCGCGGCCGCACGUGGGAACAGGCGGGAGGUCAGAUUGUUGGAUCUGAAUGUACAAUACUAUCCCUGCAAGAUCUGCGGCUGCAAGUUCCCGAGUUAUUAUUUCGUGCACAAACAUCGCAAGCUAUGCCACGCGAACGACGAAGAAAGACAAAUCGUAACCGAUGGAACGAACGCGUCAAAUCGCGACGUGAAUACAUCGUCCCCUCAGGCUGCUCCGUGAAACGAGAAGACGCGAUUUCUCUUAUCGCUCUGGAUAGACAUUGAGAUAGAUUGUUUUCUCCUCUUUUCGCAAAUAUCCAUGGAAUUUCGCAAGAAGAAUCACUCACAAAAAUUGGAUUCGAAGUAUCGAUAUUGGCGUGUCGAAUAUAUAAUUGCAAAUAAAAUAGAUCGAGAAUUAAAAAUCAGACUACUGUAGAAUGUAAUAUAAAUAAUAGACAUUAUCCUUAAUAUCACCAUAAUUAUAAAACACAUUCUCAAAUUACCUCAGAAUUGUAUAAACUGAUUAGCUUAGAAAGCUUCUCUAAUAACAUCGAAAAGAGAAUUUAUACAACUAUUAAUUUAGAUAGAUAAUAAUUCACCCUUUCUUUCCUUA